AGAAAUUAUAAAUUGCCACGUUAUGGAAAUUGCAAGUUCCCAAUACACAGAUAUCACUCAGAAAUUUCUAUCUAAAGUACACAUUAAACUUGUUGCAAUCAAAAGAGAAUAACCUAAUUGUACCAAGGAUCUUUAUUUUAAUUAGAAUUUCUGCUUACAGCCAAACUUGCCAAAGAGAAAGUAGAUACAGCCAAUGAGAGACUCCAGGAAUUCCAUACUAGUACAAAUCGAUCCUAUUCUUUAAGCAUCUCAAUCGACCGGGCUCUUCAAUGACUAAGAUUACAAAUUGAACACAAUUCUCUCCUAAGUGAAAGACGAUAUUGGUCAAAUACAUAUCCAUAUUAAUCAACUGAAAACUCAAUUAAAUAAUGAUCUCCAUUAAUCAAUCUUUGAUUUUGUUUAGCAAAAAGCCUUAAAAACCUCUGAUUCCUUCAAGAAGGUAUUUGAUUUUCGGAUUUAAUUUGUAGUUGGUGCAGAGUCAUACAUAAAGGAUCAAAUAAUAGGAAGAGAAGAGGAAUCGAUUGAAUGGAGAAAGGGAUCGCGUAAUCAAGAGAGUUGGAUUUAAUCAAAAAUACUAAAAAUUGAAUGAAACUGAAGAGGAGGCCAAUCAUUAAACGAUUUAAAUGUUUGAAUAAAAGCAGAAUGAGGAGAAAUUGGUUUCCAUGCAGAAGAUCGAAUCCAUGUUGAAUGAUAUUGCUGGAGUAUUCCAAAGAGUGGGAACCAUGGUGAGACUCUAAGAGACCAUGAUUGAGAGAAUUGACAAAUACACUGAUGAGGCUUAAUUGAAUGUUAGCAAAGGACGCAAAGAAUUAUAAGAAUCACACAAACGAAUAAGUUCGAAUAGAGGCUUAAUAUUAAAGGUUUUUUUAAUUUUGUUUAUUUUUGCUUUUAUCUACAUUGUGUUUAUUUUGUGA